AUGUCUCUAAUUCCAUAUCAUGCUGAUCCGAAUGAAGAGAAUGGUUCGUUAGUACUUCAAACAACGUCACAUAGAGAACUAGUUGUGGUCAACCCAACAAAUGGAUCUUUAAAGUUAUAUAGUCAAAUAUAUCCCAAUCCGGGGUCUCUGGUAUCUAAAAAUAAUAACACUAGUUAUAACCAUGGAAAUCCUAAUGCAUCACCUUCUUUAAAUAAUAAUCAUAGCCAUGAUAAUGGUAAUUUCAGGCGAAAUUCUUUGGGAGGCGAAUCAAUGAACUAUAUAUGUCCAACAUGUGGUUCAGAAAUACAUAGAAAGGAAUCAAUAAUUGAUUCAAGCCCCAUUAGCGGCAAUUCUAACAACCUUACUACAAAAUUAAAUCUUCAAAACUUCCCCAAUGCAAAUUAUUUUAAAUUAUUAGAAUCAAGUCAUAAGAGGUCGGAAGAAAAUACUAGCAGUAAUAUUAAUAACCAUAUACGCUCUUCUAUUGUCGAAUUACAAGAUCUAAGCUCAAAUAUAAACUCAGUUGUCAAUUCCUUGACCAAUUCGGAUACAGAGUACAAUGAUAUUAGAAAUACUUCAUCUUCAAGCAAUCAGUCCAUGCCUAAUAUACCACAAGAUCUAUUUACUCAGGGAUAUUUUAAGAAAUUCUUUAAAAUAGAUUCCUUAUUAGGAAGGGGGGCUCGUGGUGUUGUAUAUAAAGUUAUUCACAGGUUGGGAGAUUUCCAACUGGGAAAAUUUGCAUUGAAAAAAAUUGCCAUUGGUAAUAAUUUACCUUGGUUAGAAAAUUGUUUAAAAGAAGUUCGAGCUCUUACUUUAAUCAAUCAUACUACUGGUAAUUUAAUUACAUAUAAUCAUGUUUGGUUAGAAAUGGAUUCCACAGAUGCCUUAAAAUUAAAUGAAAAUACUCCUUCAAUUGUUGCUUGCAUUUUUAUUUUACAACAGUAUUGUGACGGGGGUAAUUUACAAGAUUUAAUUUGGUCAAAUAUUUUUAAAAGGAUCAAAGUGAACUAUCAAUUGAAGAAAGAAAAAAAUUGUUUAAGAAAAAAAAAAUUUGAAAAAAGUAAUAUGUUACAAUUUAAAAAAAGCUCUUUAAUUGGUUUAAACACCAAACAGAUUCUUUUAAUCAUUAGAGAUAUUGCUUCGGGAUUAGAAGAAUUGCAUUCCAUUGGAUUGAUACAUAGAGAUCUAAAGCCAUCAAAUUGUUUAUUGUUAACAAAAUUCGAUCCAAUGGAUAUUGAACAAGUUGAUAAUAUAGAAGAUGAAGAAGUUUUUGAAAAUCUGAAUAGUACUUUUCCAAAAAUUGUUAUCAGUGAUUUGGGAGAAAGUCAAUUGAAAGGUGAAAAAAGAUCUGCUACUGGUGCAACUGGUACUUUAGAAUUUACUGCUCCGGAGUUGAUUAUUGAAAAUGACAUUUAUACGAAUUUAAAGGUACGUGAAAAUAAUGAUGAAAAUCUUGAAAAUUCCAAGAUAAAUCAGUUUAGUUUUGCUUCUGAUAUGUAUUCUUUUGGAAUGAUCAUUUAUUUUAUUGUAUUUGGUGAGCUACCGUAUGAUCCAGAAUUAGAUGUGGCUAAUUUGAAAAGUGAAAUUCAGAAAUUUCAUUAUAAUAAAGAGCAAGCAAUAACAAAACAUAAAUUGAUUAAGAACAUAAAGCAAAUUGAUCCUGUUAUAUUUGAAAUAAUGGAUCAAUUAUUAGUUAAGGAUGUUGAGUUAAGACCAAAUGCUACUGAGAUUUUAGAAUAUGCUACCAACGUAUUAAAUAGUUCAACAUAUAAUAAUCAUUAUCAUACACAAAAUAACUCAGCUUCUAUCCCAAAUAUUAACUUUACAAGUAACAACAAGAAAAAUAAUAUUAGUUUAAACAAAGAUUUAUUUCAACAGCAAAGCCUUGACAGUGACCCCAUCAUGACAUUUAAUUUAAAAACUGAUGAAAGAGAUGAAUAUGAGGAUGAUGAUAUUAUCCAAGAUAGGGAAGAAGAUGAUAUUUAUACAGAAGACAAUAAAUUUACAAGAUAUCGUAAUAGAUCUGUCUCAUCGUUUAAAAUUGAUCCUCUUCAACUCCAAUUGACAAGAACUAAUGAUUCCCUCCAUUCUUUAAUUCCAUAUCAAUCUAAGCCAAUAGAUAUAAAUAUAAAACCUCCAAAAACUUUAAAGCAUCUUAUUAUAUCAUACUUAAAAGAGCAACGGUAUUUGGUUAAUUAUAUUCCAAUGGGAUUCAUAAUAUUUUUCAUAAUUUAUUUGUUUCAUUUGCUUUCAAUUAAGAAAGAUUUUGAUAACAAAGAUUUUUCACAGAAUACUAUGUCUUCUCUAUCAUUUUCUAUUAAUGGUCAUUUGGAAUUAGCUAUUAUAUUUUUUUUAUUUGGAAUCUCAGUAAAUGCAUCUUUUAUUAGCCAAGCUUGGAUAUCUCUAUUAUUACUCCUUAUUAUAUUUUUGAAUUGGGUGUCUGAUUCUAGUAUAUUUCUCCCAAAAUUUAAUGCAUAG